GUCCAGAUAAGCCUUCUGAUCAAGACAUGGGGGAAGGCAAAUGUCUGGAGAUUGGGGGAAGAAGAAGUAGUGCAAGCUCCUUAGAUUCCACAGUCUCCUCAGGAAUUGGGAGUGUUGGCACUCAGACUACUGUCCCUGAUGAUCCAGAGCAAUUUGAGGUCAUCAAGCAACAGAAAGAGAUAAUUGAACAUGGUAUUGAACUGUUUAACAAAAAGUCCAAGAGAGGCUUGCAAUAUCUGCAAGAGCAAGGAAUGCUUGGCGUAACGGCAGAAGAUGUGGCACAGUUUCUACACCAAGAAGAGCGCCUGUGUUCU